AUGGCCAAAUUGGAACCCUUGAAGGGCGGCUACUACGUCUGGCAAUAUGUCCCCUCUAUGGCUGCGGCAGCCAUUUUCUUGAUUCUUUUCCUUGCCACGACAUCAUUUCAUUUCUGGAAGAUUUUCCGAACAAAAGUGAAAUUUACAUGGCCUUUUGCAAUUGGCGGUCUCUUCGAAAUCAUUGGAUAUGCGACCCGAAUCGACGCACACAACAACACAGGGAAGCUGAUGCCCUACUGUAUACAGUCCGUCUUCAUUCUUCUGGGCCCGAUUCUAUUCGCUGCAUCGGUCUACAUGGUCCUCGCUCGCAUCAUCCGCGCCGUCCACGGAGAAAAACACUCACUCCUUCCCUUGAGAUGGGUGACCAAGACAUUUGUUCUAAGCGAUGUUGCCACUUUCUGGAUCCAAGCAGGCGGUGCAGGAAUGAUGGUCAGCAGUAGUCUAAGCAAGAUUGGACAAGGCAUUGUGCUUGCUGGUCUAGCCCUGCAAGUACUAAGCUUCUGCAUUUUCAUCAUUACGGCAUAUAUGUUCCAAACAGGAAUGCAUCGCAGGCCGACCGCGGAGGCAUUUGAUCCUUAUGUUCCUUGGAAACAGCAUCUUUAUGCCCUCUACGGUGUUAGCGCACUCAUUCUUGUCCGAUCCAUUUUCCGGCUCGUGGAGUACGCUAUGGGCAACCAAGGCUAUCCAUUGAGCAAUGAGUGGAUGUUAUAUGUUUUUGAUGCCGUUCCCAUGUUCAUUGCUAUGGUGAUAUUUGGGAUUUGGCACCCAACUGAACUGAAGCCAUUCCUUGUUACUGCCCGUAGCUCCGAGAGCAGUGAUAAUACAGCCGAAGAGACGAAGGCAUGA